AUGAAUUUUUUAAAGGGCCUAGUAGAUGUAAUUCUUGCCGAUGAUGCCCAAUCUUUUAAGGCAUUAAAAUCACAAAACAGGGAUUCAGGUGUUUGCUUACGUCUACUUCGCAAAUACGGCGUGGCCACAGUAUCUAAGCUAUCCGACAUCUUGCGCCAGAAUGAGGAAGCACUGGAGCAACUUACUAAACAAAUUGAAAUAGACAAUGACACUAUCUCUCAACUAUCGCAAUCUAUCAAUCUAAAACAGGAUCUGGAACAGCGUUUAUUUAAUUUCAAAAAAAAGGUUGUGGAGCUUGAGGCAGAGUGUGAUGAAUUACGAGCUAAGGAUACAAUAAAUCGCGCAAAUAUCUCACAAUUGACUAAGGAAUUGGUGUAUUAUAAGGAAUUGGUGGAAUCAAAAUCGGAGAUAAUCUCUGGAUUGGCAAUCAAACUGUACAAAAAGGACACUAUGAGAGAUAAGAGUUUGGAAAGUGAGUUGGCAUUUGCCAAGGCCAGUGUUAUGGAUAUGCAAAAUAAAUUAGCGAACUUACAAAAAAUGUCGACCCGAUUCAACAUGGAGACUGAUCACUCGGCGAUCAAAUCAAUAUCUUCCACAAACAGCGAUGAUUUACAGCGAUUAGAUACUGCUAGACCAAAUAAAAUCGACAAAUUUGGCGAUUUUACUGGUAACAUAAAAGAUAUGCUGGGGGAUUUGUCGGAAAUGUCUAGUAGUAUCCUCAGCCGUUCCGCGACAAAAUUGAGAUCCUCACCCAUCCUUAGGAUGUCUUCUGAUGGCCAACAAAAAUAUAAUAACCUAUAUGAUGCUAGUGAUGAUAAAUUUUAUCAAUUAUUGCUUGAAAGGGAAGCCAGGGCUAUUAAGGUGGCAGAAAAAUUUGCCAUAGAAAUAUUAAAUAGUUCGCAGAAGGAUAACGGGAGAGCACUACUAAACUCCGAAGCGGAAUUGCUUAUGGAUAAAAGAUUAACUUCAUUGGCAGCACAGGUUGAAACGAUGAAAUCACAAAUGGAAGCGGAGCGAGAAAAGUACAAUGAGAUUGCUACAAUGAAUGAAGAACUAAGGGCCACCUGUUCAGAAUUGAAAAAAAUGAUCAACAUGUCUAGGGAUAGAAUUGAGCCACCGCUUCCGAAUAAAAUCGAAAUUGUAUACAUAAACGCCCUAGACAUAGUGCAUUUAGAUCUACCAUCCACACUAAUUGAAUCCAAGGCUUUCGAAUUUAACAAUUGUAGUUACAAUGCUGAACACACGGAUAACGUCAAAUCAAGUCAGAAAUUUGAUACCUGGGAUGAUUUUGAUGAACCUUGGGAGGAGUUUACGCCAAAAAAGGAUUCUCCCACUCACGUUCCAGAAUCUUCAGUGCUACCAAUCAAAUCAUGUGAAAAUGUUUGUACCUCGCCAACAGCAGGAGACAAGGCAAAUGUCUGGGACCAGGAUAUGGACUGUUUUGAUGAUGUAUAG